UUUGAAUUGGAAAAAGGGAGGUGAGAGUGGGUGAGGGAGACAUUCAUCACGUGAUAUCAUUAGGUCUGGUAGUAUAUCGGAACUUUAUCCUCCGUAGGCCUUAAAUUGGGCAUUUCGUGGCCCAUAAGCACUCCAAUUUAUGGAAAAAAAAGGUCAGGUUUAAGAGUCAAUGUGUCACCAAACACACUUUAUGAAAUUGGAAAACACGCCAACGUUACCCAUACCCCUCACCUUCCCUAAGAAAACCCGCGAAACUUCUAAUAACCAGGGUUCACCACAGGUUCACGUUCAAACGCCGCAUUGUGAAAACUCCAUGGACGAAGUUAGGGCAACCUCUGCUUGGGUCGCAAGCCGUUCUUCACAUGUCGUCGUUGACCCCUCAGGAAUUGAGAAAGUGGUGAACACGAUCGAGUCUAUUCCCAAAGUGGAAUGGGAUUUUGAAGGGAUUCAUUAUUUUGAUAAUGGACCACUCACCGUUCAGUACUUGUUUGUAUUGGACGCUUUGAAUUUUUGCUUCUGGCCUGAUAAGGAUUUGAAUUAUGAUAAUUUGGCAUCUGGGCUAAAGGCAGCCCUUCAAAAUGAUAAGUCUGCAUUUGAUGCUGAUCGUCUGCAAAAGUAUACCGGUCCACAACUACGCGAGCUUUUUAAUUGGCCUAGACCUCUUCCUUUGGAAGAUGAACGAGUUAGGUUACUUCACGAGGUUGGGAUUGAACUGGAAAGAAAUUUCGAUGGAAAAGCUUCUAAUCUUGUUGAGCAGUGUGGAAAAUCUGCUGUGAAUUUGGUUGCCCUUGUUGCACGUCAUUUUCCUGGCUUUAGGGACCAUUCAGUGUACAAAGGUCGCCAAGUAUUUUUAUAUAAAAGAGCUCAGAUAUUUGCAGCUGAUUUAUGGGGUGCGUUUAGGGGCCAAGGAUAUGGCGAGUUUAAAGACAUCAGCUCUCUAACUAUAAUGGCUGACUACAUCGUCCCAGCUGUGCUUCAGCAGCUUGGCAUUUUAAAAUUCAGUCCAACACUUACCAGUACAAUCGAAACCAGUGGAGAAAUAGGUCCAGGGACUGAAGAGGAAGUUGAACUACGCGCUUGCUCUAUACAUGCUGUGGAGAAAAUGAGGGAGCUGAUAAGUGUAAAAUCAGGAAGACAGGUGCUCAGUGUGGAGCUGGAUCUUUGGCUAUGGGCUUCAGGAGUUCAGUGUGAAUCUCUGAAGCACCACCGAACACUUUCAAUAUAUUAUUGAGGAUAUGAUAUAUGGUAGCUCCUAGUUAUCAGCAAUUUAGUUGGUAGCGCAAGAAAAUUUUGCCUGUUUUAACUUUCAAGGUUAUUAUUGUUUAUGAUUCUAGCUUUUGUAAUUUUGGAAACGACAACAAGACCUUCAAAAUUAAUUAUGAAUAGCGGUAUAAUUUUUGGGAUA